AUGUUCAACAUCACUUCAACCCCAAAACCAGUCCUCAUUGUCACACCCUCAGCUGAAUCUCGUGUCCAAGCCUCUGUUGUUUGUGCAAAAACAGCUUGGCAUACAGCUGAGAAUCCGAAGUGGAAGCUGCUGCAAUCUCCAGGAUUAGGGGCUCAAUUAAUAUUGAGCUUGAAUAGCAAGCCCUCUCCUUUUGGUAUUGGUGGGCACAUAAGUGGCGGUGGCUAUGGAAACAUGUUGAGCAAGUUUGGCCUUGCUGUUGACAAUGUCAUUGAUGCUCUGAUUGUUGAUGCUAAGUGGAGAGUUCUUGAUAGAAAAUCAAUGGGAGAAGACCUGUUUUGGGCUAUUAAAGGAGGGGGUGGAGGAAGCUUUGAUGUCAUUGUUGCAUACAAAUUGAAGCUGGUUUCUGUCCCAGAAACUAUCACAGUUUUCCUGGCUGUGAGAACGUUGGAAGAGAAUGCAACCGACCUCGUUUCGAGGUGGCACCAACCACAGACCAUGCCAGGGAGCAACAUUGUUAAAGCCACACCCACACUUAUGGCAGAGUUUCUAGGCAAUACUGACCAACUUGUGUCAUUAUUGGGGAAGCAGUUUCCUGAGUUGGGUUUGAAGGAGGAGGACUGUAAGGAGAUGAGCUGGAUUGAGUAUGUGCUUUGGUGGGCAAAGUAUGAUAAUGGGAUCGCCCCUGAUGUAUUGCUUGAUAGAAAUCCUGAUCAUGCAAAUUUCCUGAAAAGGAAGUCUGAUUAUGUUCAAACCCCAAUUUCCAAAGGCAGAUUGGAGUUGGUGUGGAAGAAGAUGAUUGAAACAGGCCAAAUAGGUCUGGGUUUCAAUCCAUAUGGUGGGUUGAUGAGUCGGAUUCCAGCCUCUGCCACGCUUUUUCCACACCGUGCCGGGAACUUGUUCAAAGUUCAGUACCACAGACGCCAGGAGGUUUUUCAGGAGAAGACUGCUGUUGAUCCAGAAAAUUUCUUCAGGAACGAGCAGAGCAUCCCACCUAAUCCAAGUUUCCACUCAGAGCCACCUCGUCCAAGCUUCCACUCACACCCAGCUUUUUCAAGCUUGCACUUAGAGGUGAAUGGCGGGUCAAGCUCAAGUUGUAAACCAUCAAUGGGGAAGCUGAAGCUAGUACUGGCUCUACUAGUGUUCUUGCUUGAUAACAAGUACUAUACCGAUUUGAAGAACCAUCAUGGCCUGCUUACAUCAGAUCAAACUCUUCUUACCAGCCGUUCGACAGCCGGGAUUGUGAGGAACAAUGCCAGAUUUGGUACAGCUUGGGCUAAUAAGUUUGCAGCAGCCAUGGUGAAAAUGGGCUCCAUUGAUGUCCUCACAGGAAGGCAAGGUGAGACCAGGAACAACUGCAAGGUUGUGAAGUAG